AUGGAUUCACGUAAAAUGCUUUGCGAUCAACUACGUGCUAUUGAAAGCAAAAUAGAAGGUUGUCAACAAAAUGAUGAAUCAUACGAUAUGUAUGUUAAUGAAAUGAACAGUCUAACAGAGACAAUUCAAUCACAAACACAACAGAUAAGUGAUGCUGGUGCACGAUCAUCAACUGAUGCAGGAGGUUGUUGUGGUGUCGCUGCAUCAGAUCCUGAUUGUCAGAUAUUAUCGUGUCGUUUAGUACAAUAA